CUUUGAAACCUUUUCUCCCUUUAUCUCGCCCUGGCUCCGAGAAGAUGGUAGAAUCCACUUCCGUAUUUUAUUCUCAGGGAAAUCUCGCGAUGGAGGGAGGAGAAGGUGCACCCCGAGACGGGUACGGGGGAUCAAGGCAGCCUGCACCGGAUCUCCCCGCGAGGUCGGAGGCUGGCGGCUCCCAGCGGACCAGCUGGGGGCUCCUGCUCACGGGCGUCGCCGGCGGGGCGCUGGUGGCCCUAUACGCCGUGGCCACGCCGUUCCUCACCCCCGCCCUCCGCAAGGUCUGUUUGCCUUUCGUACCAGCGACUGCCAAGCAGAUCGAAAACGUGGUGAAGAUGCUGCGGCGUAGGCGAGGGUCCCUGGUGGACGUGGGCAGCGGCGACGGGCGCGUGGUGAUAGCCGCUGCAAAGGAAGGAUUCACAGCGGUGGGUUAUGAGCUGAAUCCCUGGCUGGUUUGGUACUCCCGGUACCGGGCUUGGAGAGAAGGCGUGCGUGGCUCAACCUCAUUUUAUAUUUCUGAUUUGUGGAAGGUCUCCUUCUCCCAGUACUCAAACGUCGUGGUCUUCGGGGUGCCUCAGAUGAUGCCACAGCUGGAGAAGAAACUGGAACUUGAACUCCAGGACGACGCGCGCGUCAUCGCAUGCCGCUUCCCGUUCCCGCACUGGACCCCAGCACACGUCACCGGGCACGGGGUGGACACCGUGUGGGCUUACGACGUGAGCGCUUUCAGGUCAAGGGAGAAGCGGCCCUGAAAGCAGCAUCUUCAGUUGGUUGUGCAGAUGUGGUGGUGUGGGUUGGAAAUGACUGUUGCUUUCCUUCGCUUUUGGAGGAAACAAACAGAGAUUAAGAAAAACAGGCAGAUUUAAAGUCCACUUUUAAUGGAAUAUCCAAAAAAAAGGGCAUGCACAUCCGAUGCACUAGGAUGUGUGGAAAUGUGAGUGAGUCCUGGUGGUGGUCAGGGGCUGGGAGGACAUCCACGGCUUUGGACACUGUAAACUGUGGCCCAUGCCACAGCUGACAAGACAGUUUAUAAAGAGAGCUCGGAUUGGUGAAUGACCACAGACUCCUAUAACUUUAUUCACACUUAAGAUUUAUCGCUUCUGUACUUCAUGGAAAAAUUAAUUUUCUAGAGGAUUUAGAGAAGUGUUUGUAUGUAUAACGUUCAUUAGAAAUCAUUUGCUCCAAGAUAGUAGAUUGUUGUGUGUUAUUGAGUCUAACAUGUAUAUUUGUGUGUGUGUAUGUGUGUGCAAAUGUGUGUGUAUAAACAUGAAUUUUAACACAUCUGGGGUUGUGACAUACUGUCUCACUUACUUUUCUCUCAUUGCUUAGACAAAAUACAUAAUGCCCAAAAUGAAGGGAGGAAAGGUUUGUUUAGCUUACACUGUUGGAGGUUUCAGUCCACACUCAGCUGCCUCCAAGGCAGAGUGACGUAGCUGAGGGGCAGCUGUUCAUGGCAGCACAAAUGGCAGGAGUCAAAGCGCAAAGGAGGAGAAAGCAGGCCUCCUUCCCUCCCUUACACUGUGUGCCGGCUCUGCCCUGGGCAGGGGCAGCACUCUCACCACCAAUCCCAGUGCUGGACAAUAGGCCAAUCACAUCGCUAGACUGAGCCGCCUCCAUGACUGCAUGAGCUUGGGAAGCCACUUAGACUCAACCAUAACAGAUACCUUCGAUUGAAGGCAUUUCGUGGCUUUGACUGGCAGUGCCGUACAUCUUGGUGCAGUUCUAUGUGAAGUACAAUAGACGAUGAAAUACAGUAUUCAGAGAGGCAUCAUGGUACGAUGGAGCAACUGGUAAUGACUAGGGAGUAAAGCAAGCAAAGUGUGGAAGCACAUGUGUGUAAUCCCAUUUUGGAGGCUGAGGCAGGAGAGUCACAAGCUUGAGUCCAGCCUGGCAACUUAGGGGAUGGAGGAGGAGCUUGCCUGGGUCUUGGGUUCAAACCCUAGUACUCUUCCGAAAGAAAGAAAGCAUAAAAUAAAUGAACGUGAGCUUUAUUUGAACCCACAUAGGUACAGCUUCAUCAGCAGCAGGAGCCUCGGACAGUGGCUUCUCUCUCUGAAUCUCAACUUCUGAGCAUCCUGUGCUGGAACAGUGAAACACUGCUCGGGAACUGGGGACCACUUGGUGAAGCUCACAGCACAUUGUCUGUGCUUUGGUGUGUAAAAAUGGCAUUUAUUAUUUUAGACACUAAGGAAAACUUAAGGAUGUUGGAAGUGGCAGAUUAUUUCUGCUAGAUGCCUCUUCAUUUUAUGAGAGUAACCAUUUAAUAUUCUCCUUUAUGAGAAGAGAAUUGAUGGGUUUAGAAUAAAGAGGAGGGAACCCUUUGUAUAUGAGGAGAAAAACUUUAUACAGCUAAAAAAUGAACAUGGCGUGGUGGCUCAGAUGAUCUUUACUUAGGAAAGAAUGGAACUCCUGCUCAUUAUAACCUGAAUACCAAGCUGGUUUAAUGGAGACUCAAUAAAAACAGGUGGUCGAGUCUUUGAACUGGUAAGAACAUGAUCAAUUUGAUGGUUUUUAUCCGUGUGAGACCACUCAGUCCUUCAUCCGUCCCACUCACUGUUCUGAGUAUCCACCCUGUAACAAGCCUUGUCAUCCCACAGUGAAUGGACAUGCUGGCCACUGGCCUCAUGGAAUCCCUGUUCUAAAAGGGAAAAAAAUAAGCAAGUUUCUACGUAUGAAGUUCUCUGAAAGAAGUUGCAGUUCCGUGGAUCAGCUGUGUUGUUUUGGAUGUUUGUUGUGUGGUUGGCUGUUACUGUCCACCUCUUCCCCAAUGGCCGCAGUAUCCCACAAAAAAUGAGUCCUCCCCCAUGGUGGGAGGAUAGUUCUGAAUGUCUGUCUCUCCUUGUCAUCCUUCACUCUAGCCAGUCCUGUAGGUUUCCUGGGCACACUUAGAGAAAGCCCCAUAGUUGUCUCCUGCAUGCAAGUGUGGUGGGUAGAGCCUAGGUUUUGUGGAGCACUGGAGAUUUCAGGUUUUCCAGAAGUUUCUCUGGUGGGUUUGUAGAGACCUACAGCUUUGUGCAGUCAUUAAUAACUUGCUGUCUUUUGAGUCUCUCCUUUAGCUUUCCAAGAACUAGGAGUUGCUUUGUCCUACAACCUCAGAGUAAGAUUGUAGAGGUGUUGUGAUUCACAGACUCUGUGGGAUCUGGAAUUGCUUUGUAAAAUUGUGGUUCGUAAAUUAAUGUGUGCAAUAAAGGUGUUUCCCUCUGG